AAGGAGCACCCGGCGGAUGGAGAGAUACAGCGGCCUGUUCGGGGCCGGCAACGGGCUACGAUACCACCACCACCACAACAGCCACAGCAUCAGCAGCAGCAUCACCAGCAGCAGCAGACUCCAACAGCACCACCGUUCCUCCUCGCACACCACCACCACCCACCACCGCCACCAUGAGCUACACAGAGUCGAGCGUGAGCUCGUCCUACCGGCGCGCGUACGCCGACGCGUCCCGCGGCGGCAGCAAGCGACUGCUGAGCACCCCCUCCAGCGGGUUCCGCUCGCAGUCUUGGUGCCGGGGCAGCAGCGGCGGCGGCAGCGGCGGCGGCUCCGGCUCCCUGGUGUCUCUGCAGAGGCGCCCCAACUACGCGAGCCUAUCGCACGGCUACAGCACCCCGGCGCUAAACUCGGCGGCGGACAGCCUCGACUUCAUGAGCCAAUCGAGCGUGUUCAGCGGGGACUUCAAGCACUCGCGCGUCAACGAGAAGCAGCUGCUGCAGGACCUCAACGACCGCUUCGCCGGCUACAUCGAGAAGGUGCACGACCUGGAGCAGAAGAACAAGGAGCUGGAGACGGAGAUCUCCGCCUACAGGCAGAAGCAGUCGGGUCCCGCGCGGGGCGGCGGCGUGAGCGACGUCUACGAGCAGGAGAUCAAGGAGCUGCGGGAGCUGAUCGAGCACAUCAAUGGCGAGAAGACGACCGUGCAGAUCGAGCAGGAGCACCUGGACGAGGAGAUCCAGCGCCUGCGCGAGAAGACCGACGACGAGGUGCGUCUGCGCAACGAGACGGAGGCGCUCAUCAACGCGUUCAGGAAGAACGUGGACGACACGUCGCUGGUGCGCAUGGAGAUGGACAAGCGCACGCAGUCGCUGCUCGACGAGAUCACCUUCCUCAAGAAGAACCACGAGGAGGAGGUGGACGAGCUGCUGGCGCAGAUCCAGUCGUCCACGGUGUCGGUGGAGAGGAAGGACUUCGCGGUGCCCGAGAUCACGGCGGCGCUGCGCGAGAUCCGCGGGCAGCUCGAGGGGCAGUCGGCGCGCAACAUCGAGACGGCCGAGGAGUGGUUCAAGGGGAAGUUCUCGCAGCUCACCGAGGCGGCCGAGCAGAACAACGACGCCAUCCGCUCCGCCAAGGAGGAGAUCACGGAGCACCGACGCAAGCUGCAGAUGCGCUGCACGGAGCUGGACGCCUUGCGCGGCACCAAGGAGUCGCUGGAGAGGCAGCUGAGCGAGAUGGAGGAGAGACACCAGGGCGACGUGGGCAACCUGCAGGAUGCAGCCCAGCAGCUGGAGAACGAACUGCGCAACACCAAGUGGGAGAUGGCGCGCCACCUGCGCGAGUACCAGGACCUGCUCAACGUCAAGAUGGCGCUUGACAUCGAGAUCGCAGCCUACAGGAAACUCUUGGAUGGGGAGGAAAUUCGCUACAGCAGUGGCCCGCUGCCGACCCCGUCCAAGCCGCCCAAGGCCCCCUCGGCAAAGCCCAAGGCGGCCAAGGCCGAGAAGAAAGUGGUGAGCAAGAAGCCAGAGAUCAAGGUGGAGAGCGAACCAAUCAGUGCCCAGCUUGAUAACGACCUCGAAGACCUCGCACAGGAAGAGGUGAUGGAAGCAAAGGCCGCUCCGGUGGUCAGUGCCGAGAAGGACGAAGAGGAGGAGGAGGAGGAAGAGAAGGAGGAAGAGGAAGCCGAGGCGGAGGAGGAAGAAGGAGCCGAGGCUGAAGCAGAGGCAGAAGCUGAAGAGGAGGGGGAGGCAGACGAAGCUGAAGUUGAGGAGGCUGAGGCUGAGGCGGAGGAGACAGAAGCUGAAGCAGCUGAAGACGAGGAAGAGGCUGAAGGCGAGGAGGCAGAGGAGGCUGGAGAAGUUGAAGAGGAAGCGAUUGAACAGGCAGAAGCUGCAGAGGCUGAGGCUGAGGUAGAGGAAGAGGAAGCCGAGGCUGGAGAGGAGGAGGAGGAGGAGGAAGAAGCAGCAGAAGAAGAAGUUGAAGCUGAAACUAAAGAAGAAGUCGAGGCAGAGGCUGAAGAGGCCGGAGCUGAGGAAGAGGACGAAGCAGCAGAGGAAGAAGAGGCAGCAGAGGAAGAAGAGGCAGCAGAGGAAGAAGAAGUCACUUCAAAAAAGGCCAAAACACAAGAGGCUGAAGUUGAGGAAGAAGAGGUCGAAGCAGCAGAGGCCGAAGAGGCAGAGGCCGAAGCCGAGGAGGAGGAAGCUGGAGAAGAAGCUGGAGAGGAGGAAGUUGAAGCUGAAUCCAAAGAGGAGGAGGAGCAAGAGGAAGGUGAGGAAGCGGACGCUGAACAAGACGACACAGAAGCAGAGGAGGAGGUUAAAGAAGAAGAGGUCACCAAGUCAAAGGCUGAGGCAGCUGAGGCUGAAGCAGCAGAAGAAGAAACUGCCAAGUCAGAGGAGGAAGAAGCCAAAGAUGAAGCCGAGGAGGAAGAAGUAGAGGAGGAGGCUGUUGAAGAAACUGAAGCAGCAACUGAAGAAGCUGAAACGAAGGAGGCCUCGGACGAUGAGAAACCCGAGGAAGAGGUGAAAGAGGAAGAGGCCCCUGCCGCACCUGAAGCUAAGAAAGCCCCAGAGCCAAAAGCAGCUCCCAAGAAGAAGGCACCCGCAAAGGUCGAGUCGCCCACGUCUGAGCCCGAGGACGAACCAAAAGCAGAAGUUGUUGAGAAGAAAGUCAAAGCUGAAGCUCCAAAACCCAAGGCCAAACCUGCAGCUGCCAAGAAGGAAGCCAAGCCGGUGGCAAAGGAAGAAGAGGAGGAAUCCCCCACUGAGGAAGAACCCAAGACACCUGCUGCUAAGCCUGCCAAGGCCCCUGCCAAGCCCAAGCCCGCUCCCAAAGCAGAAGCAGAAGAGAAACCAGAACCAGCGAAACCCGCCCAGGCAAAGCCUGCGCCUGCUGCCGAGGAGGAGGAGGAUGAGGAGGAGGAUGAGGAAGAGGUGGAGGAGGAAGAGGAGGAGGAUGAGGAGGAAGAGGAGGAGGAGGAAGUGAAACCUGAGGAAACCAAACCCGUCAAGUCAAAGCCCGCCCCGGCCAAAGAGGAGGAAGAUGAACCCAAAGCCGCCAAACAGCCCCCCAAGCCCAAGGCGAAGCCCGCUGCUCCUAAAGAGGAGCCAGAAGACAAAGCAGAGCCGGCGAAGGAAAAACACUCUCCGGUCGAGGAGGCGAAGCCCAUCAAAGAGGUCGCCAAACCUGCAAAAGCGGCACUGGCCAAGGCUGCCAAAGAGCCAGAAGCGGCCGAGUCCAGAAAGAUCGAGGUGAAAGUGAAGAAGGUGACGAAAAAGGUGGUGGAGGAGAUCGAGCAGAGCACGGAGCAGCAGGAGGAGUCGUACGAGGAGAUCAUCGAGGAGACGAUCGUCUCCACGAAGAAAGUGGAGAAGCCGGCGGCCCCGAGCAAGGAGCCCAAGAAGGCCGUCAAGGUGAAGGAGGCGCCCAAGGCUGUGGCCCAGGUCGAGGAGUACGAGGAGAUCAUCGAGGAGACGGUGGUGUCCACCACCAAGAAGCACGAGAAGGGCAAGGCCCCUGCCGAUUCUAAGUGAGCCCCGGGAGAGGAUUCGAUGCCAUUCGCUCAUUUAUUGAGCAUUGUCCAAAAGUGCAAUACCGAGCCAUGACGACAACAACACAGAACCCAGACCAUACCCUACGAUAAGAGUCAAACACUUGCACUAUUAAGUUUACUUUUUAAUCUAUUAUGCUGCAUUGAUGUUUCUGCUCGUAAUGCUUGCAGAGACCACCGUUACAUUAUGUGUUGUGCAUGUAAUACAUUAAAAGUCAAUUAAUAUUAAGAAAACAGAAUGUUAAAGAAAAAAAUCAACGUUAAUAUGAUGGAAUGAAUAUCAUUGAACAGAUCUGCAUGAAUGCAGACUUUUGGCAGAAACAGCAUAAGGGCAUUAUUCAGCCAAAAUAGCACACAGGAGGAUCUAUGGUGGUGCUAUUCACUCUGCUGCUGGAGUAGGCCCUACUCACGCUUCCAAUAAACCAAACGUGCCGCAGUA